CUGAGGUGGAGCUCAGUGUUUCCUGCUGCAGAGACUUUCUGGACUUUUUGUGUCCGUGUCUCUAAGGACAGACGAUCAUGGUGACCACGGAGACCCACCAGAGCCAGGACCUGCUGGUCCCCCCCAACAACCAGAACCAGAACCAGCAGGAGGAGCAGCUCUCCCCCUCAUCCCCCUCGUCCCCCCUGGCAGGGUUCGACCCCGAGACGAUGAGUCAGGGUCCCGUCAACGCCAUCACGGUCCUCACGCUGCUGGACAAACUGGUCAACAUGCUCGACGCCGUGCAGGAGAACCAGAACAAGAUGGAGGUGCAUCAGGUGGAAAUGGAGGGCGUUGUCAGAGGGAUCCAGGCUGAUAUGACCAAACUAUCCAAGAGUCACAGUCACACCUCCAACACAGUCAGCAAACUGCUGGACAAGAGUCGCAAACUGUCCGUCACCAUGAAGGAGGUUCGUGAUAAGAUGGAGCGUCAGGGCAUCCAGGUGAGGAAGCUGGAGGCAAACCACGCACACCUGAUCAGCAGGAACAACUUCAAGGUUCUCAUCUUUCAGGAGGAGAACGAGAUCCCGUCCACCGUCUUCGUGAAGGAUCCUCCUCCGUUUCCUCGUGAAGAUAUUUUGGAAGAAUGUGAUGAAUUGAUGGAGGGUGUUGUUGAAGGAAACCGUUCCCAGGAGGGCGGGCUCACGACCAUCGACCUGUCAUCUGAUGAGGACGUCGGGCUGGAAGCGGAGCUAGAAGAGGAGGAGGUGUGGCCUCGGGAUCUAGAGAACAUGGAGAAGUCCAGAGCCGAGAAACUGAAACGCUCCAGUCUGAAGAAGGUCGACAGUCUGAAGAAGGCGUUCUCCAGGCAGAACAUCGAGAAGAAGAUGACGAAGAUUGGAACAAAGAUUGUUUCUCAGGAACAACGAGAGAAGAUCAAACAGAAAACCUCGAGCCUGAAGGUUUCCCCUCUGACCUUCAGCAUGAAGAAGCCUCGCAGCAGCUCCGACUCUCAACCCCCCGACACUUCCCUUCAGGUGGAGGAGUCGGCCAUCACCGAGGCUGACGUCCAGCUCUCCCCGCUGGGCAUCACCGACCUGGAGAUUCCCUUCACUGAGGUCCACGCACAGCUGGCUCCGGCCGAGAGAGAGGAGGAGAAAGAGGAAGAGGAGGAAGUUGAGGAGAAAGAGGAAGAGGAGGAGAAAGCGGUAGAGAAAGUGGUGGAGCAGGAGAAGGAAGGCGUGGAGGGUCCGGACUCAGCUCUGUCCUCCCCCCCGGAGCAGCAGGAGUCUUAAACACUUGUUAGUGAAUCUUAUUGUUUAGAGGGUUCACUAACUGUUACACCUUUAAAGUGUGGAGCUGCGUAAUCAAUAUUUUAUAUCUGAUCAUUUGUGCUCAUAUUUUAUGUGAACUUGAAAACUACACAUUUCCAACAGUUCUUUUUAAAGUUUUGAAAGAAGUCGGAGAAUUAAAAUUUGAAACCUAAAAGAAUAAACACUUUAAUUUGGAGAAAUGUUCUUUAGUUUCGUUUAAGUUUCAGCUUCAUGUUUAUUCUCGUUUUCAUUUAAAAACAGCUGACUUCUAUAAACACGACCAGCUGAUCAACAGCUCUGACAAACAGAACAAAUCCCUGAAGACAUGAAACGUUCCGCUGAUGUUUCCUAAAGGAUCUCAAGGUUCCUCACAGCUUGUGUAAACGUUCUCCUGAUGUUCCCGUCUGCAGAGUUGAACAGAAAGUUUCCUGCAGUCUGUUGAUCUUUAUGCUGAAUCUGCCAAUUUAACUGCUUAUUAACGAGACAGAAACCUGAGGCUUUGAUUACAGGUCUAAAGUCAGUUCUUUUAUUUUGACAAACUUCCUGCUGCCAAAGAAAACUUCCAGUUUCCUGUCAUCAGGUGUGAGACUCGCCUGAAGUAUAAUCAAUAAAAUCUGUAACCACGA